CGGCUGAUACGACGGCACGGCUUGGCCGAUGACAGUUAUAAAGACAAUGGCGUCUGCCACUUGAGACGUUGCAGUGGUAACGGUCUAAUUAUCACUCUGUUGGUAUUGAUCUAUUCAUCUAUACCAUAAAAUUUUAUUCAUACUCUAAAGAUGGCAUCAACUACGAAUCCGGGGUCACAGGCAGCUCCUCGACCAAGAACCAGACAAAGACAGCACAAAGCACCAGCCAAAUUGGAUGUCCCUGAGAUUGAAGAAGAUGCAGCCGAGCGAAAACGUGUUCUGAAUGUUUUGGCUCAGCGCCGAUAUAGGGAAAAGAAGCGUCUGGCACGCAAAAACAGAGCUGACAAAGAAGCAGAGGAAAUCUCUAGCGUCGCGUCAAGCAAGGACUGUUCUGAGUAUAAUGCUGUAGACGACACUAUUGAAGAAGUCGUAUGCAGCCCCAAGGUGGCAGCGAAUGAAAAACAGAUCAUGACUGGGCUGGACAUGUUUGACAUUGGCAUCACGUCGUGGGAUGGAGCCUUUGAUAACCUACCGGUCCCCGAUAUGUGUGCCUUUGGUACGGAAACGGGGUCCUCAGACGACAGUGUCAACCCAGGCGUCCUUUCCAUGUCGGCCAGAUCGUCAGAUAUAUUUACGCUGAGCCUAGGCUCUCCAGAAUCCUCAAACGCGCUGUCAGGAUCAUCGGCAGGUUCAUCACCAGAAGGGCUACCUAUUGACAGUUUUCUACUUCCUACGCAAGGACUCACUAUUAUACGAGCGUUUCAGCGCAUUGCCGACCGCAUCGGCGCGACUGGAAACAUGUGGGAGCUGGACGCCAACUCACCGUUCAAUAUGGGAACAGCGACUCCGGCUGACCAGCUGCCGGUAGCGUGGCAACCAACGCCACUUCAAGUUCUUACCAAGCACCAUCCUAUGAUUGACUUUAUGCCGUGGCCAAAUGUGCGAGAGCGAGUGAUUGGCAUCUUUUCUCUACCAGACCAGAUGCGGCCGCCAAAUGCAACAGGGCCCAUGGCGCUGCUCAAUUUUGCCUACGACUUUGAAGAUGAGUCGGAAGGUGUGAGGAUAUUCGGUGAUGACCCAUGUGAUCCCAACGGAUGGGAGGUAGGACAGAUAUUCUUUGAGCGCUGGUGGUUCUUGUUUGAUCGGGAUAUUAUAUCCAACAGCAACAGACUUCGAAGGCUUCGAGGUGCACCGGCGUUGCGAAUGAAGACCACCUAAGAGAUGGUGUUCCUUGUGUAAUAUAUACCAUGUAAAUGAAUAUCACGAUUAGAUUACGCACUUGCAGCCACGCAGCUAUAUGAUGUGUCUCGGCUAUUUAGAACGGUGUACAGGCUGACUGGGCGGUCUUUUUUUACUCCGAACAAGUCGUCAGCCGUUUCUAUCGGUUGUUGUUAAGUGACGAUGGGGCCAGCUGUGGCAAGCAUCGGCUUGAGCUAGUAGUAAAAAAGAGACAAGGCUGCUGACUUAAAGAGGAAGCUGAGUGUUUCCCAAGCCAUUCAAAUUGGUAGUUUAUACCCUCGUCG